AUGUCGCGUACCAAACCCCACUCCACACACUGCACGCACCAUCCCGUCCUCCUACGACACCAAGCCGUCUACCUCAUCAGCCUGCUCAUAAAACACGCCCAACAAAUCCAGUUUGACAUCACACGACACAAUAUAAACGACUGGAACAGAGUCACCGAUGAAUUCAACGCGAGAUUCGAGGGGAAACCGUGCACCACUGGCAGUGGAGAAGCGCAGAUGAAGAAAACGGUCGCGAUGCUGUACUGUGCGCUUAUGGAGAACGAGGAAGAGUAUAAAAGACUGUUCGCUGAAGCGGAGCAAGCGUUCCGGGCGGAGAAGAGGGGGGCGAAGAAAGCGAGAGUGGGUUGA